GGUUUUUUUUUUUUUUUUCGCACUCCCCGGUCAAUGCGUUACCGAGUUUAACAUCCAAAGCGGGGUAUACCUUUCCGUCUGGGAGAGCCUCGGGGACCCCUGCCGCUUGCUCAUCUCGGGGGAGAGAGUUCCCAGGCGCUCCUCGGACAGUUUUCCAUUUGAAUAGCCCCACACGCAGGCAGCCUGAAUGAGGGUGAGAAGAAGCGCAGGGGAAGAGAGUCGCUUCGUGUGAUUGUGUCCGAGAGGGUCCGGGCACCGCUGAUCUUUUCGGGUGCACCCGAGCCCCGCGGUAGGCGCUGUGCGACAUGGUCAAACUCUACAGAAGAGGGGGAAAGGGACAAUACUUUUAAAAUCGCCCACAUGCACUGGAUCACUUGCUGGAUUUGGGAACCGAAUACGCAGAAGGGGGAUUGGGGAUCCUUGGAGGCUGCCGGAGGAUGGAGCGGUGUAGCCGGGGUUGGUGAGAGCCUGACUUCGGGCCACUUUACAUUUCUUAUUCCUAAACAGCUCGCCCCUGUUCCCAGGACACAUGCAGGCCAAAAAACGCUACCUGAUCCUGCUCUCAGCCGGUGCAUGUCUAGUGCUUCUCUUCUAUCUCGGAGGGAUCCAACUUCCAGCGGCGAGCAGGAGCAGGCAUGACCGCAGCCGAAAUGGGUACCGGCCUGACCAGCCCUGGCCUCACUUUUCGGACCCUUUAUACCCUUUCCUGCCCUGGGAUCAGACUGACACCGAGGAGUACAACCUGCACAUAUCUCCGAGGCAGAAGAGGGACGUCAACACGAGUGUUUACAAAGGCAAACGGUGCCGCAUGGAUUCAUGCUUUGAUUUCUCUCUGUGUCAGAAGAACGGAUUCAAAGUUUAUGUUUACCCGCAGCAGAAGGGGGAGAAGAUCUCCGAGAGUUAUCAGAACAUUUUAUCCACCAUUGAGGGGUCGAGGUUUUACACCUCAGACCCCGGGCAAGCGUGUCUGUUCGUCCUGAGCCUGGACACUCUGGACCGGGACCAGCUGUCCCCGCAAUACGUCCACAACCUGAAGACCAAGGUCCAGAACCUGCCCCUGUGGAAGGACGGCAGGAACCACCUUAUAUUUAACUUAUACUCGGGGACGUGGCCGGACUAUACGGAAGACUUGGGCUUUGACAUCGGUCAAGCCAUGUUGGCCAAAGCCAGCAUCAGCACCGAGAACUUCAGGCCCAACUUCGACGUGUCCAUCCCCCUCUUCUCCAAGGAGCACCUGAGGACCGGCGGAGAGAGGGGGUACCUCAAGUACAACUCCAUCCCGCCUUUUCGAAAGUACAUGCUGGUGUUCAAGGGGAAGCGCUACCUGACCGGUAUCGGCUCGGACACCAGGAAUGCCUUAUAUCACGUCCACAACGCAGAGGACGUGGUGCUGCUCACAACCUGCAAGCAUGGCAAAGACUGGCAGAAGCACAAAGACGCACGCUGUGACAAGGACAACGCAGAGUAUGACAAGUACGACUACAAGGAAAUGCUCCACAACUCCACCUUCUGUUUGGUGCCCCGCGGCAGACGGCUGGGCUCCUUUCGCUUCCUCGAGGCGCUGCAGGCUGCAUGUGUACCAGUGAUGCUGAGUAACGGCUGGGAGCUACCUUUCUCUGAGAUCAUCGACUGGAACACAGCCGCAGUGAUCGGCGACGAGAGGCUCCUGCUGCAGAUUCCAACCACGGUGCGCUCCAUCCACCAGGAUAAGAUCCUGUCCCUCAGACAGCAGACUCAGUUCCUCUGGGAGGCCUACUUCUCCUCUGUGGAAAAGAUAGUGCUGACCACACUGGAGAUCAUCCAGGACCGUGUGCUGGAGCACGGCUCCAGGAGCAGCCUGAUGUGGAACAGUCACCCUGGGGGACUCUUCGCCCUGCCGCAGUACUCUGGAUACCUGGGAGACUUCCCUUUCUACUACGCCACACUGGGCAUUAAACCGUACCCCAAGUUCACAGCGGUCAUCCACGCCGUCUCCCCUCUGGUGUCCCAGUCGCAGCCCAUACUCAAGCUCCUGGCAGCUGUGGCCAAGUCCCAGUACUGUGCACAGAUUAUUGUCCUGUGGAACUGUGACAAGCCUCUCCCGGCAAAGCACCGCUGGCCCGCCACCUCAGUGCCCGUCAUCGUCAUCGAGGGAGAGAAUAAGGUGAUGAGCAGCCGCUUCUUGUCCUAUGAAACCAUAGUGACCGACGCUGUCCUCAGCCUGGAUGAAGACACAGUGUUGUCCACCACAGAGGUGGACUUUGCCUUCACUGUCUGGCAGAGUUUUCCCGAGCGCAUCGUGGGUUACCCUGCCCGCAGCCACUUCUGGGACAGCAACAAGGAGCGCUGGGGCUACACAUCCAAAUGGACCAACGAUUACUCAAUGGUGCUGACUGGGGCCGCCAUCUACCACAGGUAUUACCAUUACCUGUACACCAACUACUUGCCCACUAGUCUGAAGAGCAUGGUGGACCAGCUGGCCAACUGUGAGGACAUCCUGAUGAACUUUCUGGUUUCUGCUGUCACUAAGCUGCCACCCAUCAAGGUCACACAGAAGAAACAGUAUAAGGAGACCAUGAUGGGACAGUCUUCAAGGGCUUCUCGCUGGGCCGAUCCAGACCACUUCGCCCAGCGACAGACCUGCAUGAACAAGUUCGCCAGCUGGUUUGGCGCCAUGCCACUGGUCCACUCCCAGAUGAGACUGGACCCCGUCCUGUUCAAAGACCAGGUCUCCAUCCUCCGCAAGAAAUACAGGGACAUCGAGAGGCUCUGACAGGACCGGCGCCCCCUCGGGGGAGACCCCAUGCAGGGGGAGGCACGAGAGACUGACUCAGUGGAGAGUAGAAGGAGUAGUAGGACUACAGCAGGAUGGACAGGGAGCAACACAGCUCUGUCUUCCACUCAGCACAUUGCCAAUGACCACAGCGCUGCUGCUGCCAGGACUUGACACGGGAAGGGAUGAAUAGGAAACAAGCAGAUGGCGUUUGGAUUUGAAAAACAAAAACAAAACACGCAAACACAGACAGAAAAAGAGGGGUACACAAACUGAUGGACAAGCCAAACAGUACUGUAUGUUAGGCAAACGUGCAAACACACAGCACACACUACUGACGACAAGAACUCUUAGAUAGAAUAUUUUUUUGUACAACAUGAACAAGGACGACAUUGACUUUCCUCUGUCCGCACAUGUACAGGACGGUAGAAGAGGGAAGGUGUCCAUGAUCGCAAACCUGGCAACCCCACCCACCACAAAUCCUACUGGUCGCCCCUAGCAACCCCAGUCUGCAUCAGGACAUAAUAACGGACUCACUACCAAACCCCUGCUCUAUAGCCUGGGAAACCCUGUUCUUUGGUUGGUUUGAUUUCAUUGUACAAAUCAGCUCUCGGUAUCACUGAUGAACCUUUUUCCUCGCUGAGAGGUUUUGAAUCCGAGCGUCAUCAGCUUUAUAAUUUCUUUGUUUUCAAGACGCAGAAGGUUAACAGCUGUUAGUACACGGUUUUCAUAGAAAAGAGGCCAUUAUUUCCUGAUAUACGCGGCUAUCGACACCUCCUUGAGCCUCAAGUCCGAAAACAUCCUGUCUGUCGUAUCCCUGGCUCAUUCCUUGAUGUGCUGAUAUGGCUUUUAUAUUGGUCCAUCUGCUUCCCUGUUAUCACUAAGAUAAGUUAGAAAAACAUCUCGUUUCAUAUCCCAUUUUCCUCUCAUACUCACCAUGGCAGUUGUACUUUUCUUAUCUUUUUUUUUUUUCCACUCACUUUCAUCAUCUUUUCUUUCCCCCUUCAAACACUCUGUACUUUCACUCCUUUGUGCAAGUGUGUGCUUGUUGUGUGUGCAUGUGUUGUGUGUACAGAGCCUUGAAAAGUUGGCUCAUCCAACCAUAAGCUCAAGCGGAGUACAUUUUCCCUCCGUAGGAAUGAGCGAAAUGAACAUUUCUGGAUGAAAUGGAGCAGAACACUGCAUUCUAACCGAAACUCGUUUCGCCCAUUUUUUUUUGCUUCCUGCACGGCCUCAGAGCACUAUCCUUAACAGGGGGAACAUUUCAAACCAUAGCAGGUCUUUAGUGACCAGCGUCAUUUCACAGGAGUGUUUGUAGAGAGAUUUUUAACACUAAGCGCAUCAGUGCCAUUCUGACAUCAGGGUCUGCCUUUAAAACUCUUUAUUGCACAUCACGUUGCCUACAUCAGUUUGAGAUGCCUAGAUGCUCUCCUGUUGAAAUAUUAUAGUCAUCAGUCCGAUGUUGCUCUCCUGCCGCCCAUGAUUUUUUUUUUUUUUUUCCCCCCUCUGUGAUAUAUCAGAGAACCUCAGAGCCAUUAAAUUGACAAAAGGUUUUCUCCUCCAUUUGUCAGGCAGAGAUACGUUUGGGCUUCAAUUAGGUAAACCUAUUUCAUUUGGAGUGCUGUUUUAUUCCCGAGGGGACAAGCUGUUGAUGAAACACUCAAACAUUAUGAACCAUUGUGUUGUGAAAGCAGUGACCCACAAACAUGACCUGCAAGCUAAUGCUAGCCUUCAGAGGAUAGCUCCCCUCCCCAACGCACCCUCCCCUGCGAUCGUGCUUGUCCAUUACUUAUAACAGCCGCUCACAUCGUCAUUAUGUCCACAUCAAACCGCCUGACAUUUUGCACCUUAAAUUACCUUAUUGGUAUUGGAAAACCAGAUGAAAAUGCUAAAAUAAGCUUUCUCAACCUUUAAUUGAUCAUUUCAAAGAGAGGCUGUCUGAGGAAAUGGCUGGCUCAUAGCUGUGCUGCUCCACGCUGUCAUUAAGUCUGGAUGCAGCGUGCAGCCGAGAGCACAGUCAGUCCACUCACACAUGUAGUUCGCAGACACUUGAAUUAAAGCAGCAUGCUUUUAGUGGCCUUUCUGUCAGGCUGGCAUUCAGCAUAAUGUCUCAGCCAAAGCUUUUCAGUGUGUGUUAAUCAGUAGCUGCCAUCGCCAUCAUCAAGACCGGUGUCACACAUUCAAUGACUGUUUUACUUUAAGUGUUUUUCAUGUUUCAUGUUUUGUUCUACGAGAGUUUAUGUAAAAUGUAUUAUAAAGCCUUUACAGUGUCAACAAAGGUGACACUCGGGCUUUUAGGUGUCAUAUCCAAAUACUGCAACAGAGAAGCUCCUCUGUUUCAGCACAUCAUAUCGAACCCAGCAGGACUAUCACCAUCAUUUUGAAUAUAAUGUUUGUAUUUACACUCUGGGACUUUGAGUUUGGAUUUUGAUUAUUGAUUUUUUUUUUUUUUUUUUGCCAGGAGAGAUUUAUGAUCUGUUUAGUCACAACAAAAACUGUUCGAUCAUCUUCAGUAUGUGAUUCUGGGAAAAACAUACUCUGCAUCUGGUCCCCAUUUCAUCUUCAGAGAACCAUAUUGGUUGAAUCCAUAUCAAAACUUUUAUGUCUGAUUGUUUGAAUCAUUGUUAUUGAUCAUCUCAAGAGAAAUGCGUCCCCCAGCUUUGCAAAAAAAAAAAAAAACAAAACAAAAAAAACCACCACCCAUUUCAAAUCCCUGCAACCCUCAGCACUGUACAUAGACAUAUAUUUAUUUUUUUGGAAAAAAAAAAAAAAAAAAGACUGUGUACGAUUUGAGAUGAUGUGGCAAGAACAUAAGACUGAUCCUGCAUCGCUGAGGGGAGUUAAUGGUAUUUAUUCAUUUUAUUUUCGACACACUGUGCACAUUAAUCCACACAGAUGCCGAUAUACAGCUCAUAUUAUAUUUCUCAAUGCAUUGGUUUUCCAGGGAAACAUCUAUCACACUUGCUUCACUUUCUCGUUGAGAGAGAGAGAGAGAGAGAGAGAACAUUUUCAGAACCGUAGUAGUAGAGUUUUAACUCCUGAAAAGAUUGCAUACACCAGCGAUCUAGAAUUGGAUUGGGCUGCACCAUCUUGGCUCUCCACGGGAGUCAAAUUGCAACGUCCCAAUAAAGACUACGCCAACUGAAACAUGGAAAAUAAUAAGCAGCUGGGUCCCCUGUACCAGAUGGAAACAUUUUCAGAUUCUGCUGUAACAUCUUCCCCCAAUGCAUUACAAUAAUGCGUCUGGGGCUCUGACACAGUUGUGUUUAAAUUACCUCUUUCACAGCUGGGUUUCAGGUCAGAUAACUUGGCAAAAGAAACGGUCCCAUCUUUCAGCUGGCGUAUAUCAUCAAGUUCAGAGUGCGAUGGAUGUGAGUGAGGCCACAAGGAAAACCUCUGUAUCCACUAAAACGCCUGUCAUUUGAUCAGGAGCAACAUUAUGCAAGUUAUCACUGUGUGCUUCAACACAGAUGGAAGAAGGUUUACCCAAAAUUUGCCAGGCAGUUGGUGUUUAUAGCAACAGCAGCAUGAAUUCUGGAAACUAGUCUGUUCUUGAUUUGUGCCUUUUAUCAACAUUUGAGUUCUUGACACGCCAAGCACAGUCUGUCCUAGACUGUUUCCAGUAGAUGGGCAACAAUAGCACCAUGUGCGGGGCCUGAACUGCCCUGCCUCCAUACACUGGAUGAGACACAGCUUCCAUUGUCUUUAUUUUAACACCCCAUUUUCAUCUUUGUGUUUUGACACUGUUGCUAAGGCAACCACGCAUGACCACUUCCUGUUUGGGAUUAUUUAUCGGUGAUUGGCUGUAUCACAUUACCAGUCGGCAGUAAUAUCUGUUGAUCUGUAAGGACUCGGUCAAGCCCAGCUGUCCUAAUGCCUUCUACUCCCUCUUACCUUGUAAUUAACAGAAGACUUUUAUAGAGGUCACAAAUGAAAUAGAUAAAUGCCAAUUUUGUAAGAAUGAUUUAUAAAAAAAAUAAACUCAUAUUUGAUGAUAACUGGAUCUCUUUGUGUCCUUUAUAACAGGAAGCGUUUACUAUGUGUACAAUA